GGGAACCGUCUCAUGGUUGGGGGGUGGGGGGGAAAGAUGGCGGAGCUGAUGCUCCUCAGCGAGAUUGCCGACCCGACGCGUUUCUUCGCCGACAACCUGCUGAGCCCGGAGGACUGGGGUCUGCAGAACAGCACCUUGUAUUCUGGCCUAGAUGAAGUGGCCGAGGAGCAGACGCAGCUCUUCCGUUGCCCCGAGCAGGAUGUCCCGUUUGACGGCAGCUCCCUGGACGUGGGGAUGGAUGUCAGCCCCCCUGAGCCCCCAUGGGAACUCCUGCCGAUCUUGCCAGAUCUUCAGGUGAAGUCUGAGCCGUCUUCCCCCUGCUCUUCCUCCUCCCGCAGCUCCGAGUCAUCACAUCUCUCCACAGAGCCCUCCAGCGAGGCUCUUGGGGUAGGGGAGGUGCUCCAUGUGAAGACAGAGUCCUUGGCACCCCCACUGUGUCUCCUGGGAGAUGACCCAACAUCCUCAUUUGAAACUGUCCAGAUCAACGUAGUCCCCACCUCUGAUGAUUGCUCAGAUGUCCAGACCAAGAUAGAACCUGUCUCUCCAUGUUCUUCCAUCAACUCUGAGGCCUCCCUGCUCUCAGCCGACUCCUCCAGCCAGGCUUUUAUAGGAGAGGAGGUCCUGGAAGUGAAGACAGAGUCCCUAUCCCCUUCAGGGUGCCUCCUAUGGGAUGUCCCAGCCCCCUCACUUGGAGCUGUCCAGAUCAGCAUGGGCCCAUCCCCUGAUGGCUCCUCAGGGAAAGCCCUGCCCAUCCGGAAGCCGCCACUGCAGCCCAAACCUGUGGUGCUAACCACUGUCCCAAUGCCACCCAGAGCUGUGCCUCCCAGCACCACCGUCCUUCUGCAGCCCCUCGUCCAGCCACCCCCAGUAUCCCCAGUUGUCCUCAUCCAGGGUGCUAUUCGAGUCCAGCCUGAAGGGCCGGCUGCCUCUCUACCACGGCCUGAGAGGAAGAGCAUCGUUCCUGCUCCUAUGCCUGGAAACUCCUGCCCGCCUGAAGUGGAUGCAAAGCUGCUGAAGCGGCAGCAGCGAAUGAUCAAGAACCGGGAGUCAGCCUGCCAGUCCCGGAGAAAGAAGAAAGAGUACCUGCAGGGGCUGGAGGCUCGGCUGCAGUCAGUGCUGGCUGACAACCAGCAGCUCCGCCGGGAGAAUGCUGCCCUCCGGCGGCGGCUGGAGGCCCUGCUGGCUGAAAACAGCGAGCUCAAGUUAGGGUCUGGAAACAGGAAGGUGGUCUGCAUCAUGGUCUUCCUUCUCUUCAUUGCCUUCAACUUUGGACCCGUCAGCAUCAGUGAACCUCCUUCAGCUCCUGUCUCUCCUCGGAUGAACAAGGGGGAGCCUCGACCCCGGAGACACUUGCUGGGGUUCUCAGAGCAAGAGCCAGUUCAUGGAGUUGAACCUCUCCAGGGGUCCUCCCAGAGCCCUGAAGAGCCCCAGCCCAGCCCCACAGACCAGCCCAGUUUCAGGAACCUGACAACCUUCCCUGGGGGCGCCAAGGAGCUACUACUAAGAGACCUAGACCAGCUCUUCCUCUCCUCUGAUUGCCGGCACUUCAACCGCACCGAGUCCCUGAGGCUUGCUGACGAGCUGAGUGGCUGGGUCCAGCGCCACCAGAGAGGCCGGCGGAAGAUCCCUCAGAGGGCCCAGGAGAGACAGAAGUCUCAGCCACGGAAGAAGUCACCUCCAGUUAAGGCAGUCCCCAUCCAACCCCCUGGACCCCCGGAAAGGGAUUCUGUGGGCCAGCUGCAGCUAUAUCGCCACCCAGACCGUUCGCAGCCAGCGUUCUUGGAUGCAAUUGACCGACGGGAAGACACGUUUUAUGUUGUCUCUUUCCGAAGAGACCACCUGCUGCUCCCAGCCAUCAGCCACAACAAGACCUCCCGGCCCAAGAUGUCCCUGGUGAUGCCGGCCAUGGCCCCCAAUGACUCUCUCCUUCUCACUGUCGCUGCCGAGAUCCACAGGCGGUUGUGGCUCAGCCCCUGUUGCAGGGGACAAGUGAGGGCGACUUUCCUGUCCUGCCCUGAGACGCCGCCCUCCCGGGGUUGGGGACAGAGCAGGUGCAGAGGCACUGCAGCUGCCCGGUUGCCCAGGUAAGGAACAGAGUUCUGGGGAGACCCAGAAGGAGAGGCAAAGGAUUUCUCGCCUAUCCCCACAUCCUAGGUGAAGGUGCGGCAGGUGAGCUCUCAGCAGUGCUUCCAGAGCAAGGACUUCUGUUCAGGACAGAGGACAUAGGAGCAUUCACUGGGAACCAGGCUCCCUGUGAAGGAGUGUCUGGGAGGAGAGGGUGGUAUGUGUGUGUUGGGGUGGGGGUGUAUGUCAGGGCUUGGAUGGGAUGCAGACAACUGAGAGGGGCUGGGAACAAACCCAGGGACUCCGAGAGUCAGAUGGUGGAAGCAGGGUAGAGGUGGUUAUUGGUGAGGUGAGCCCCUGGGUCCUGGAGGUGCUGGGGCUAGCGGGAAGAUAGGACUAGGCUGAACUGGUGACCAGCUGAACCUCGGAAGGAAAGUGCUUGCGGAAUCCCAAGUGUCGGGCUGGAGCAACUGAGCCCAGGCUCUGAGCUCCAGGCUCCAGGAGGUGCCAAAGGGUGCUGCUUUGGGCAUCCAAAUAGGGACUCCCUAGGUGGCAGCGUGAAAGUUGCAGGGAGGGAGGUCUGGGAGAUCUCUUGAGGAAAUACGGAAAUGGGACAGUCAGGACUCUCGGGUCUGGGAAGUGCACAGAGCCUGCAGAGAGGAUCCUAAAACUUGUUCUUGGUCAGAGCUCUGCACUCAUGACUCACGGUUCAGCAGGGCUGGGAUGACUGAGAGAUGCCUCUGGGGGCACAGGGGCUCCGUCUUCACUCUGUGCCCCUUCCAGGCUCCCCUUGCCUCUGUCUGUCUGAACCCGAGCUCUCCCUCACCCCGCCCUCCCCACCAGUACACGUGACACGCCCCGGGUGGGGCGGGCGGGCCCCUUAUCUCGCCUGGAAAGAAUUUAAUGGCAUAGAAACAACUGGAAGUGGAACUGAGAGGAACUACUGGGAAGGAACUCGGAAACACCACAGCUGCUGCCUGCCCCGCCCCUGCUUCCCGCAUCUCCAGCCCCUCCUCUUUUCCCUGAUCCUGCCUCCAAGUCCCUGGGGACCCAGCACCUCAAUUCUUCAAACUUCCUUCUGCUCACUCCAGACCUGGCCACUAGGUGCAGGACCAGAAACUGCCUUCCUGUCUCUCAUUGCACCCCUAACCAUUUUCAACUGGAGUCUGGAAAUCCUCUCUCUUAAUUUUUCCAUUCCUAGGCCCAUUAGCUCCCCAGAAUAAGGGGCAUCUGGGUUCCCCAACCCACCCCUCCCUGACACCUCCUUCCCACCUGGUUCCAGCCCAGUGUCUGGGACCCCCACAUUCCCUUUUUAGUCUCACUCCUGGAAUCCUGUCUUCACCUCUCAUUGCCAGAUUCAACUGGGGGUGUAGCAGGAGGGUCAGAGGGAGACAUGGGGGUGGGACCAUAACCCCCAUCUCUGGAACAUCUCUUAUGGAAGCCAGCCCCUCUCGCCACCCCUUGGGACCUGUGCAGUCCCUAAUGAGCAAAGUGUCAAAGUUGGCUACAACACUGAAUACCCAGGAAGCUGAGUCACAGUUUGGGAAGAUGCCCCCAUCCCUGCCAGCCCUCCAACUGUGGGGAGGGUGCCAAGAGGGUGAGGCCAUAUCUCCCCUCAAACACGCACUGCAGAGAACCACUCCAGACAUAGUGGCAGGGGGAAUGGUGAAGGGGAGACACAAGAGACACCCAAUUCUUUGCUUGCCCAGUACUGAGAGAAGAGCAGAAUUCUUGCAGGAGCUGGAAUGGGGAGCUGGAGGGGUGGGUGGUGGCAACAGGGCAGGGAGGGAGAUCGAGAAGGAGCCUCUGGGUGUGUGGUCAAUGGAGGCUGCUGUGCUCUUCUAGACCAAUCUCACCAGCUUUCUGGAAAAGCUGCUGAGCUCUCUUCACUCCUUCCUACUGCAAAGACCCUCUCUGCUUUCCCCACUGUGCAGGGAAAGGUGAGGAAUCCAAUUAUUUGGGGAGGGGCACUGGACAUCUCACAGAGGCCUCCAGGGGUACGGGGAAGUAUAGUGGAGGCCAUGUGUCCACUGCUCCCCACUGGGGAAGGGCCUCCUAUUCGGUUCCUCUCACACCAUCCAGGUUCUUUCACUCACAGAGCUGACCUCGGAGCCAACAAGAAAUCAGCCUUCUUAGGCAUCAGCCAAUGACUAGGUGUGGAGGAAACCUGAAGGGGAGAUUGGGUGUGUGUGCACGUGUGCCUGGGCACCCAUAUGUGUACCUGCAAGGAUGCAGGUUUUGUGGGUGGAUUUGUGUGUCUGUGCAGGUAUGUUUGUAUUUGUAUUUGUGGAUGAGCACACAUUAACAUAUUUGUAAGUGUACAUGUGUACACAUAUUUGUGCAAGCGCUCCCAUGGUGUGGGAGUGAUUUGCAUGGCCUUAGACACAAAGUGACAGGAUUUGAGGGUCAGCCAGAGCCCAUCUCUUACCCAAGGGUACACUCCAGGCUGAGAGAAGGGCUGGGGGGACAGGAAAGGGCAGCUCUCUGUAUGCCAGGCCUCUUGGCCUGGGCUUUCUUGGGUGGGGAACCUCUUGGUGUGGAAACACUCUGUCCCUGUUCAGCUCCCUUUCCGUCUCUUGCUGGCUGGUAGUAGAAUGUGAUGGCUGGUAGCCCUGAAAACUCCUUUUUCUCUGAUCCAGGAGAAAAGUCUAAGAGUUGAAAGCCAGAAGAUGUGUGCGUGUUGGGCGGAGGUGUGUGUGUGUCACAGUCACCUCCACCUACCAGUGACAUAUCCCCCACUCCUCACUGGUCAGCAUUUCCACACCCACCCUACCCUCCUCCUUCCCCCAGCCGCUGGUCUGGAAGAACUGGGCACCUUUCAGCAUCUCAACUCUUCACCCGAGCUGAAUCCUGCCUGGGCCCUCACACUGCUGUUCGCCAUAGCCCUCUCCUGUCUCAUCCUGGGACCCCCCUACUACCUUUCCUCCCACCUCUUGUCUCUGUGUGCUCCCCAAUCCCUGCCUCAGUAAACUCCACAAACACACACAACUGGGUAACCAUCAUGUAGAUCAAGAAAUAAGACACCUUUAGCCCCUCAGAAGCUGCCCAGCAUGCCGCUACUAGUCACUGCCCCCGCAAGAGUAUCACACUUCUGACUUGGAGCACUACAGAUUAAUGUUGCCUCUCCUCAAACUUCACAUAAAUAGAAGUAUGCAGCAUGCUGUUUCCUGUGUCUGGCUUUUGUUCAACCUCAUCUUAGUAAGAUCCAUCACACUACUGCAUAUAACUAUAGUUCGUUCCUGCUUUAUUUUAUUCCACGGUGUUAAUAAACCACAAUUUAUUUAAUCUAUUCUACUAAUGUGAAAUAGUCCCAGUUUGGGACUAUUAUGAGCAGUACUGCUAUGUUGGGUAUAUUCCUAGGAGUGGAAUUGCAGGGUCACAGGGUUUGCAUGUGUUCAGCUUUAGUACAUUUAGUAGAUUCUGUCAAACAGUUUUCCAAAGUGCUUGUACCAUCUGGUCCUGCCAGGAUCUCCCCUGGCCUGGCCUCUGAUUCUGCCUCUGCCCUGGUGACUGUGUCUAACCAACUUCCAGUCCCAGACACUGUCCGUGGUCCUAGCCCUGACCUUGGUCCUGCCCUUGGUUCCAGCCUUAAUGCUAGUCCUGCGUUUAUAUUGAACUUUUCAUUCAUUCAUAUAGUUGGUAAACAUUUAUGGAGCACCACUUAUGUGCCAGAUGCAAGGAUACAGCAGCCAAGAAAGAAAAAUAGGUGCCAUGCCUGCCCUCAUGGACUGUAUAGUCUAGUGGGCAAGAAAGUAAUAAAAUAAUCUCACAGUAUAUUUAUAUAUUAUUUUGGACUUCAAAAAUAAAAAAAUAUUUAUUUAUAUAUGGUUACAAAUUGUUAUAAAUGCUACAAGUGAGAAUGGUGUGAUGCUGUGAUACCACAUGGUAGGAGGACCUGACCUAGUCAGGAAAACUUCCCUGUGAAAAAAAUGGCGGGCUGAGACCUGAAGGAUGAGAAGGCCAAGAGAGAAGGGAACGGUGUUCCACACGGAUGGAACAGCGUAUACAAAGGUCUGGGGUUGGGGAUGGGCACAGAGAAUGUGAGGGACUUGAAGGUCAGUGGGGCUGGAAUGGAGGGAGGAAGGGAAAUGUUAUGGGAGGUGAAGUGGGGGCAGGGGACACAUGAUGGUAGGGCUGUUUGUCAGUGUUCUAAGAGAAUUUGGAAGGGAGGCACUGAAGCAUUUUGAGGAGAGGGACAUCCUGAUUGCAUUUGUGAGACUGUAGAGGACAAGGGUGGAAGCAAAGGGAAGAGUCAGGGCUGGACACAGUGGCUCACACCUCUAAUCCCAGCACAUUGGGAGGCUGGGGUGGGAGGAUUGCUUGAGC